CCCGACUGAAGAACAGCCAAAUAAAACGAGAGACCAACGUGAAAUCAUCGUUCAGUCAUCAGUGACCAACCGUCCGUAGUUCCUCGCAAUUUUCCAUCGCAACUGAACAGCUAACAUGGAUACCUCAGUAUUAUGGUUUGUUCUAUUAAGUUCAAUGAUAUGUAUGGUCAUAUCAGAAGCACCUCCACCCCAAUCUUUGGGAAAUCCUUCUGAAGUUUCUGGCUUCCGUAUGCUUUUUAAUGCAUACAGACAGUGUUCUAACCAACAGGAUACAAUUGUAUGCUUAAAGGGAAGGGCUUUAAGGAUGUUGGAUAGAGCCACACAAAUAGAAAAUAUUCAGCUAAUGGAUGGUAUUUCAUUAGUGAAAAAAACAGAAGUAAAGGGCAGAUCUUUGGAUGUUGAACAUGGUAAUGUUGCCGAAAACGUUGUGCCAGAAAACUCAGAAGAAUUCAGCAAAAAGGUCGACUCUAUGUUGUUUGACAAAAUAUCAAAGUUUGCCAGAUCUAGAUCUCUUCAGUUGACCAUGCCUGAGUCAUUGUCAGCAGAAGGAAGAGACUUUGACGAUGGUGUAUAUCUAGAUGGUCGUAAAAAGAAAAAGGAUAAAGGAGGUCAUAUGUAUAUGAUGAUGCUUAAAGGCGGAUUGUUAGCUAUGGCAUAUAAAGCACUUGCUCUACUAGCUGCUAAAGCUCUUUUAGUAAGCAAAAUUGCACUCACGUUAGCUCUCCUAGUCGCAUUCAAAAAACUUUUCAGUGGUGGUCACAGUGGCUCCUCUAAAACAACAUACGAAAUUGUUAAACAGCCAGUGCUGUCUCACCCCCACCAAUAUGGUGCUCCCGGAGCUGUUGAUACCUUUGGUAGUUAUUCAGACAACUCUGCGCCGUAUGCACGAAGCAUAGCACAACCUGAAAUGCCUUACCCACAAUUGGCUGCCUACCGAGCACAGAUAAGGGCACCAUCAAUGACUCCUUCAGCGUCUUCACCAAUUGUUACAGGAGUCCAUCAUGAAACCGGUCCUAGAGAUGAAGCUCUGUAAAAAUUAACUAAUUCAUAAACUUCAUCAACAAUCAUCUCAAAUUUUCAUAAUUAUAUUCAUAUUUUUAAUUAAUAGUGUAUCAUGAAGUCAACACUAUAACUAAAAUGACAAGACUUCUUAAUACUUUGUAUUACAUAUUUAUUUAUUUAUUUAUUGUCAAAUCGUAGCAUAAUAAUUUUAUAGUUGCAUUUCAUAUUUAUUUUUGACAUAUUUAAUUUUUAUAUUUGAUAAAAUAUAUUUAUAACUGUUAUAUAUAAAAAAAUGCUCAAAUCUGACAUUAAAUAUCAAUUUUUAAUGUUUUAUUAUUAGGUACUC